AUGGGCUGCCAGUGCCGGACACAAGGUAAUGGAUUCGUUCAGCCUCAAGGCGGUCUUUUGUCAGGGAUUUUUUUUGCAUGGCUUUUCGCCUUUCUCGUCAGUGCCAUCGAGGGCAACGUGGGGCGGGCUGGAGUUAUGGGAGGUUGCCCACCGACUCGUAAGGCGGGACAUGCCUUGCACAUGUUGGAUGAUCGGAAGCAUUUUUCAUUGAGACCAUUAUUGAUUGCUGAGCAUGGGCGAACGGAUGUGGAUGGGGAUGUUGGCUGUGGUGGGUGUGACUUGUGGACUUGUCACGCCUUACCCAGCACAGAGAUCCAGCCUGUGCUGGAGUGA